UCACCAACGUUGUUGCAAUUUCUCUCGUACGUUGUUGUUACUACUAUAAACAAAUGGCUCUGCUUCAAUCAUCACUUUCCCAUAUAUCAAAUCUUUCGAUUUCUUCAAACGACUGUGAAUUCAAAUUCUUAAAUACAUCAAAGUUGGUAUCUUUACAACAAUCCAUUACGAAAACUGAUCGAAUUUUCAGUAUUAAAUGUACUGGACAAGAAUCCAUCAUUAGAACAGUUGACGGAGGUGAUGGAGGUAACGGAAAAGGAGGAUUUCCAUCUGACAACGGCGGCUCCGGCGACGGCGGUGGAGAUGAUGACGACGGUGAUGGUGAUUAUGAUGAGAAAGAGUUUGGACCGAUAGUGAAAUUUGAUGAGGUGGUUAAAGAGGCGGAAAAGUUAGGGGCGAAAUUGCCUAUUGGUAUGUUGGAAGCUGCUAAGACUACAGGGAUUAGGAGAUUGAUUCUUAGUCGUUACUUGGAUAUGCAGGGUUCAGCUUGGCCACUGGGGUUUUUGAUGAGACAUUGCUCAAUGCUGAGAAAUCGAAUGCUUGCUGAUCCAUCAUUUUUGUUUAAAGUCGGAACAGAGAUUGUCAUCGACUCCUGUUGUGCAACAUUUGCAGAGGUGCAGAAAAGGGGAAAGGAUUUCUGGGCUGAAUUUGAGUUGUAUGCAGCAGAUCUUCUUGUUGGAAUUGUUGUUGACAUCGCAUUGGUAGGCAUGUUGGCUCCUUAUGUCCGAAUAGGCAAGCAGUCCGUUUCAAGCAGCUCUUUUGGACGCUUUCGACAUGCUUGUGGAGCUCUUCCCAGCAGUGUUUUUGAAGCUGAGAGGCCAGGGUGUAAAUUUACAUUGCAGCAGCGUAUUUCAACAUUCUUUUACAAGGGGUUUUUGUAUGGCUCAGUUGGAUUUGGGUGUGGCCUUGUUGGGCAGGGCAUUGCGAAUUUGAUAAUGAUUACUAAGAGGAGCAUCAAGAAGUCACAAGAGGACAUACCUGUCCCUCCUUUAAUAAAAAGUGCUGCACUCUGGGGAUUCUUUCUGGCAGUCUCUUCGAAUACUCGAUACCAAAUUAUAAACGGCUUAGAGCGCUUGGUUGAAGCAUCGCCAGUAGCAAAACGCGUCCCCCCUGUUGCCUUGGCCUUCACCGUGGGCGUACGAUUUGCUAACAAUAUUUAUGGUGGUAUGCAGUUUGUGGAAUGGGCUAAGCUGAGUGGAGUGCAAUAAGAUAGUUUGGUGUGCAAAGAUUUCCUAGCAAAUACAGAUGUUAGAAGCCUGUUGAAAUUAUUGUAUGCUACUGUUUUAUGUUUCGGACUCUCCAAAAAUGCACUAUUUUUGAAAGAUCCGACACAUACUAGUCGACAUUUUUGAACAGUCCGAGCAACAAUUAUCCUUUUCUCUUGUUUGAUUGGUA